AGCACAUACAUGUUACUGACAAGUUAUUAUUAUACAGUCAUCUUUCAAAGUUGAAGCAAGGGGGUGUGAGAGAGAGGCAUAAUGGAUUACUGUACACUUGUGUUUGGAUCAUUUAUUGCUUUGAUUUUUCUGUAUACUCUAGCAAGAAUAUGUAGUAGAGGUAGCAAAAAACUUCCACCAGGUCCAUCACCAUGGCCAAUUAUUGGAAGUCUUCACUUGUUAGGUGCAAAACCCCAUGUAUCAUUAGCCAGUCUUGCAAAAAUUUAUGGUCCAAUCAUGAGUUUAAAAUUAGGUCAAAUAAACACAGUGGUCAUUUCUUCAUCAACCAUUGCAAAACAAGUCCUUAAGAAUCAAGAUCAAGCUUUUUCGACUAGAUUUAUUCUUGAUGCCGUUCAAGCACACAACUAUUGCAAAUUUUCUAUAGCAUGGCUUCCUCUUGAUCCUCAAUGGCGAAUGCUUCGAAGGAUCUUGAACACCACCCUCCUCUCUUCCAAUAGGCUUGAUGCAAAUCAACAUCUAAGGUCUCAAAAGGUGAAAGAAUUGAUUGCUUAUUGUGAAAAAUGUAGCCAAGAAGGUGAAGCUAUGGAAAUAGGUCAAGCUGUUUUCAAGACUAAUCUCAACUUGUUGUCCAACACCCUUUUUUCCAAAGACUUGGCUGACCCUUUUUCGGAUUCAAAGAUAGAGUUGAAGGACGUUAUUUGCAGUAUCAUGGCUGAGAUAGGUAAACCUAACCUAGUGGAUUAUUUUCCAAUACUUGGAAAGAUUGAUCUUCAAGGAAUAAGGCGCCGUAUGCUCAUUCAUUUUGGUAAGUUGUCUAAAUUUUCUGAUGAUUUGAUCAAUGAACGAUUGGAGGAAAAGAAAAGGGGAGAUUUUGAAAGGAGUGAUGUUUUAGAAGCGUUGCUCAGUAUUACUGAGAAAGACCCUAGAGAUAUGGAUCAUACUCGAAUCAAAUACAUGCUCCUGGAUCUAUUUGCUGCGGGUAUUGAUCCAACUACAACCACAUUGGAAUGGGCUAUGGCAGAAGUACUUAAAAACCCGGAGAUCAUGAAGAAAGUUCAAGUUGAACUAGCGGAAAUUAUUGAAAAAGAACUUCCAAUUGAAGAAGCUGAUGUUUCUCAACUCCCAUUCUUACAAUGCAUUAUUAAAGAAACAUUAAGAAUGCACCCAUCAGCUCCACUCUUACUCCCGCGCACAGUGGAGCAAGAUGUUGAAUUGUGUGACUACAUCAUUCCUAAGAGCUCACAGGUACUAAUUAAUGUAUGGGCGAUUGGUCGAGAUUCUACUUUUUGGGAGGAUCCUUUAGUGUUUAAACCAGAGAGGUUUUUGAGUUUGGAUUUGGACAUACAAGGACAAAAUUUUGAGAUGAUUCCAUUUGGUGACGGUCGAAGAAUGUGCCCUGGCUUGCCUCUGGCAUUGAGGAUGCUUUCAGUAAUGUUGGGCUCACUCUUGAAUUCCUUCAAUUGGAAACUUGAAGCAGACAUUGAGCCAGAAGAAUUAGACAUGGAGGAGAAGUUUGGUAUUACCUUAGCUAAAGCUCGUCCUUUGCGAGCCAUCCCCUCUCCUCUUUGAUGUUUCUAAGUCGACAAUAUAUAUCACUUGGCCAUCGCGGUUAAGUGAUAUGUGUGUAUUGCAUAUAUGUAAUUUAUAUAUAAAUAUAUAUACAUAUAUAUAUAUAUACGUUUCGGCCUUGAAAGUUUCGUGGUGCGAUCUAUGUUUAUGAUUUUCAAUGGGGUCUGUGGUGGUAGUAUAUGGACCUUUAUGUUUUUGGGCCUAGGACCUAUUUGUACGCACGUGCUAUAUAAGUGCGAUUUAGUGGAUUAUUUUCAAUUAUUCAAAAAAUUCAGUCUUCUCCACAUUAUACUCUCUCUAUUAUAGUGAAACCUCCUUUGUCUUCCGCAA